AUGUCUACUGAACCCACGUCCACAGAGCCCGCUACAGCUGAUGCUCGCCCGGUCACAGACCCGUCAGCACCUGCAACUAAGAAUGCCGAGUCUGCGUAUGGCACAUUUGAUGUUGCCAAAAAGCUUCAAAAGCUUUAUGGCGAAUCUCGGAUCAUUACCAAAUCAAGACCUGGAAAAUUAGGACUUGGUACCAUUCGUAUCUUUUAUCCGUGCUAG